GUUCUUGUAUUUAUAUAUUGGAUUUCAUGUUUAGUUUUAUUAUUGGUACUAUCACUACAGUCCUGUUAAACAGUGAAUGGAAAUAAAAAUAGGGAACAUUAUAUUAAUAUGUAGUUUAUUUAAAACCGUAUGAAAGGAAAUCCAUUCUUAAAAAAAAAAAGAUGCUGAAUUUGAGACUCUUAGUGCAAACAAAGCACCCCGCCCUUCUACAGGCGCGCGCAGGUAAAGUACUCCAAGCAGCUUUACGGUGACAAUGGUCAAAAGCAAGCGUCAUUACGUCACCGGGAAAGAUAACUGUCGUGAUUUGAGUUUCACUUUUUGUUUGAAACGUCUAAUUACACAAAUUUGUUUUAAAAUAAUGUCGUAUAAAUUCACAUAUAAAUGACAUCAUGUUUGGUUGCAUUUUAUUGAUAUGGUUUACGUUAGUAUUUGAUCUGGUUUUCUUGUUGUUGUUGCAUGUGACACUUGAGGAAAUGAGACACCCCAAGUGUGGAGGUGUCCCAGUCGGCGAUGCAGUUCCGCAACGCAGUGCGGCACCAAGGGGAUUCGAGACGUGACCAAAAGCGAGCUGGAAACCCGCCCACUCGGUUCUGGUCGACGGAACUUCUGCUUGAAUUGGAAGCAUCCUCAGCUGGAAGUGUCGACGCAGGCGCUUGCUUGGGAUGGAAAAGUCGUGUCGAGUUAGACGCAAUAAACAGGAACCAACAAAAGGGUUGCUUUCACAAUUAAAUACUAGCGCGACGAAUAACCAAUGGAUCCUUUGUGCUGUUUGGCUUCGAGAGGCUUUAUUUUGAAACACCACACCCGGAAUAUUUCUCCAAAUGCGUUGACAUCUCCAGGACGCCCUCUGUGGGCGCUGCCGGCUCACCACCGAGGAGCAACCGCGAGUGGGAAACGAGGAGGCCGGAGCCGGACGUGACUGCGGCAGCGACGCUCAUGUGAUGGGGAAUGAGGCUGUUGGCGGCGGCGGGGGGAAUAACUGUCCUGCUGGGAAGGCUGGCCAACAUUCCUACAUCACUUCCUCCGCCGACAUCUGGCAAUGAUCAGGGCGAGAGGGAGCGGAGGACGUGUGUAGCGCAAGUAGCUGCAGCGGUGCAGACAUGAGCGUCACCUCCUGGUUCUUGGUGAGCAGCGGGGGGACUCGCCACCGACUUCCCCGCGAAAUGAUCUUUGUCGGGCGGGACGACUGCGAGCUCAUGCUACAGUCGCGCAGUGUGGACAAGCAGCACGCCGUCAUCAACUACGAGCCCGGCUCAGACGAACACAAGGUGAAGGACCUGGGCAGCCUGAACGGGACCUUUGUGAACGAUGUUCGCAUUCAAGAGCAGAUGUACAUCACCCUCAAGUUGGAGGACAAACUGAGGUUUGGAUAUGAUACUAACUGGUUCACUGUGGAGCGAGGCGAGCUCACAGUGCCUGAAGAGGCUCUCAAGCAUGAAAAAUUCACCAGCGGCCUCCAGCUGAGCAAGAAGCCGUCCAAAGGUGAAACGACCUCGAGCAGGUCCCCCAUUAAGACCCCAUCAAAGACGCAAAAGCCUCCCGGCGGCGGUACCCCCAGGCCCGGCCAAACAACAACAGAUGGGGUCUCUCCCUCCAAAGAGCCCCCACCCAAACCUGCAGACUCUCACAAAACCGAAGAAAGGAUUGGAGUGGAUGUUACAGCCCUUCCUCGCGGAACCCCCCUGUAUGGCCAGCCGGCGUGGUGGGGGUACGGGGACGCGGAUGACGAGAACUCCUGCAAGCAGGAAAGCAAGAUGCCCGGGAAAAAGCCCGAGCUCACAGAGGGGAAAGAGGUUCGCCGUGCAGACGACGGCCACAAUCCAAGUUACUUGGAGAUCCCGACCAAGGAAAAUCAUCACGCGGCCACCAACGGCAUCCAUGAGAUCCCCACCAAGGACACGGAGGGAAGCGGCUCUCACGGCGGCGCAGCUCAAGGCCACGCCUCCUUCACGAUAGAGUUCGACAACACUUCCCCCGGGAGGGUCACCAUCAAAGACCACGUCUCGAAGUUCAUGCCGGGCCAGCACAGGUCCCGCGCCAAGAGGAGCGGCGGGGCCACGGGGAGCAGGGACCUGAGCACGCUGCAGGCGGCCAUGAUGGCCUCGGAGAGCAAGGUGGCCGACUGGCUGGCGCAGAACGACCCCACGCUGAUCCGCGGCGAGUCCACGGAGGACGACAGCAAGAGCAACAAGAGUGACGUGCCGGUGCAUCUCAAAAGGCUGAAAGGCAGCAAACAUGAAGAUGGCACCCAAAGCGACUCCGAGAACGGUCUGGGCCUGCGCUUCGCCAGCCGGCGCCACGCCCUCGAGGAACGUCUAAAAACGGCGCACGCCCACGUGGGAUUAGGAGGCGGCGCGGGAGCAGCCGCUGAGAACGGGGCCGGCGGGUCCCGGGCGGGCGGCGGCCGCACGGCCUUCAUGAUAGAGUUCUACGACGAGGAGAACCCCCGCAAGCGGCGCUCGUAUUCGUUUUCCCAGACCGCGCCUCUGCUGAGCGGCGCUGGCGGCGAGGGGCUUUGCCCGCAACCCCCCUCUCAGCCCAAAGUGUUUAGCAUCUCCACCUCAGCUACCACCGUCUCAGACUCGGGUAAAGUACCGGCCCCGAUCUCUGCCACGGUGGCUGCCGGCGCCCCCACGGCGGCCCGCGUGCUCCUCAAGCAGCGGUCCGAAGACCCCAGCGUGGGCCGCAGUUCAAUCAGCACGGGCCUGGCGACGGGGAGCCCCACCAGCGCCAGCGAGGACACCUCAUUCGCGGGGCAAGCGGCCGUGGCGGCCGGCAAAGAGGCGGGGGACGACCGCAGCGAUAACGGCACCUACACGAUCGAGCUGGAGAAUAGAAACCCGGAGGAGGAGGAGGCCAGGCGCAUGAUUGACAAGGUGUUUGGGGUGCAGCAGAACCAGGACUCAUCUAUAUCAGACCCCCAAGGGGAGGAAAGAGGAAAGGAAACAGGAGAUACAGGAAAAAAGGCUCCUCUGACUGACUCCAGCUGGGUCUCCCAGUGGGCAAGUUUGGCCGCCAACCACACCCGGACCGAUCCGGAAGGCUCUGGAGCCGAGACCGCCGUCUUCCAGGACAAAGAAAGAGGAGGGGAUGCCUUGAAGUCCAGUGCGCCCUUCACCCGAGGCGAAUCCUCGUCAAGUCUGACCGACCGCAAGCGCAGGACCCUCCCCCCUCUCCCCGUGGACAAACCCGGCGGCGCCAAACCUCAGACGCCACGGCCCGAGAUCGGGGAAAAGCAGGAUACGGAAGCCCAGGAGAAAGAGAACAAGGGGGACGGGGAAUCCCCGCCGCCACCCACGGAGAACGGGGACAUGAAUGGCAAAAGCAAACCCGGCGCCACCUGCUCGCCGAGCAAGGCCGCCGGGCGGAGCUCCGGCAGCGCUGAGCGCAGGAACAGGUCUGAGAAAAGGAAGGAGGAGGAAGAAGAUGGCGGACACAAGUCCGGGAAGCCUCUGGUGCGCCAAGGCAGCUUCACCAUCGAGAAGCCCAGUGGCAGCGUCCCCACAGAACUCAUCCCACGCAUCAACAGAGGUGGCGCCGGAACCCGCGAGCGCAGCGACUCUGUGGGAAGUAUGGACACGGCUACGCUCCUGAAGGACACCGAAGCCGUCAUGGCCUUCUUAGAGGCCAAACUGAGGGAUGAAAACAAACUUGAGCCCAAGCCCGCUAAAACCAGCAGCAGUAUCAGCAGUCAGGUCUCGGGCUACAACUGCCGCGCUCGGACCAACUCAGUCUCCCCGGAGUCGGACGUGGACACGGCCAGCACCGCCAGUCACGUGGCCGGCGAGGCCGACGGGAAGGGCGGCGGCGUGCAGAAGCGACGUUCCCUCAGCACUAUGCACCGGGAAAAGAGCAACAUGAGCGUGGCCUCCAAGUCCGCCGUCUCCGCCGGCACGCGUGACCGAUUAGAGAGGAAGCCCAAAAGCAGAACGGCGGAAGCGACGAGUCGGACCGAGGCGCGCCGCUCGGUUCACCCGUCGUCUUCCAGAGCACGCCAACCGUCCCUCGAGCUCACGGACGAUGAUCAGACUUCCUCCUUCCCGAUUUCGGACAUCCUCUCAUCAGACCAGGAGACUUACUCCGGGUACGGCUUGGAUGCCAAACGCGAGAGCAGGUCCGCCAGGAACGCCGUGAGCGGUUCCUCCAAAAGCAGCCGUACCCUCCAGGCCGCUACGUCGUCCUCCUUGAGCAAGCAGGCAGCGCUGCCCAAACCGCGUCCCACUCGAGCCUCUCUCCUGCGCCGAGCCCGACUCGGGGACACCUCCGACACGGAUCUGGCCGACGCGGACAGAGUCUCGGUGGCGUCUGAGGUGUCCACCACCAGCUCCACCUCUAAACCGCCGUCCGGUCGGGCGGGAUUGUCGCGUCUGGACAUGCUGGCGCAGCCACGCCGCAACCGGGUGGGCUCCAUCUCGGCACGCAGCGACUCGGAGUGUGUUUCGGCGCGGAGCUCGACGGCGUCGCCGCGCCUUUCGGCCGAGACGGCUUUGCGUCUGGGGUUGCGCUCGUCCACGCCCACCGAGAACAAGCUGACCCCCAGGAUGAGGGCCAACAGUGUGUCCAAGCUGAACGAAGCCAGAACCAAGACCGCUACGACCGGCUACUGCUCUCCCACAGUUUCCAGCAGCAACAGGUGGCGACGCCUGCCGCCCGAGUACGCGUCCACCUCGGAGGAAGAGUUCGGCUCGGGCCGCAACGCUCCCAAACACGGAGGGCGACCCCACACGCGGCCGCAUCACCUCGUUCCGUCCCGCGCUUCGAGACCCGCCGCGACCCCGGGCUCGGGCUCAGGAACCGUACCGGGCCAAACGCCCGCGGUAGGCGGGGCGGUGCUGAAACACCGCAUGAAGGAGCAAGACGAGUACAUCAGGGACUGGACGGCGCACAGCGAGGAGAUUGCCAGGUUAUUCCCAUGUGUGCGCAGGAUCAGCCAGGACCUGGCUAAGGACCUGGCCACGUUGGCGCGCGAGAUCCACGACGUGGCCGGCAAAAUCGACUCGGUCAGCUCGUCCGACACGGCGCCCAGCACCGCCGCCAGCACGGCCGCCACCACGCCGGGCUCGGCCAUCGACACCCGCGAAGAGGUAGGCCCGGCUCGGCCCGCGGGACCCGACUUGCGAGACAGCAUGAGACAGCUGGUGGAUCGCGUGUUUGACGAGAGCCUGAAAUUCCGGAAGGUCCCUCCCGUCAUCGACGGCGGCAAAACGCCGGAGAUCAACGGCAAGCCCGGGGCGGAGCUCCGCCCCCGGGCCCCCGAGGGCCACGAGCCCCGAGCGCUCCGGAGACGCACGUGGAACCGAGAGGAGGCGGUGCUGGACAGCCUCCUGAUCCAUUCCAUUUCUCAGCUCUCCGCCAAGAUCCGACAUUCUGCUGACAAAACGGCGGGAAAAAUCAGGAUUUUGUUCAAGGACCAGGACCGCAACUGGGAGGACAUCGAGAGGAAAUUGAAGUCCGACAGCGACGUGCCGCUCUUGACGUCCUCCAACAAGGAGAUCUCAUCUGUGCUACUUGAGCUCCGGAGAGUGGAGAAGCAGCUUGAAGUGAUUAAUCUGAUGCUGGACCCCGACGGGACGCUGGACGGCGUGGCCGCCAUCUCCCUCGGCAAGCCUCAGCCCGGCAAAACCCCGCCGGCCCCGUCCGCCGGGCCGGGACCCCAGCGGCUCCCGGCCAACGAGCAGCCGCCGGAGAUCCGUCCGGGUUCUGGGGAACCUGGCGGGAUUCCGCCCGACGCUUCCGUCGGCCUCGGCUUAACGUCCGUCGGGGGUCUGCCUUUCGCCCGCGUGCGGCCCAGCGGGAAGGAAGCCCUCGUACAGAAGUGAGACGGACGACACAAUCUGCGGAUCGUUCGCUUUCGUCCGUUCCCACUGGCAAUCAAAACAUGGAAAGGGGACUUUUGUCGGACUGAAUUUGGUUUUAAUAUCCAUAACUGAUUGUUUUGACAUCAUCCAAAAAUCUGGCAACGAACAUUUUUCGCCACAAGAAAGUCCCCAUCACGACCACAAACCCAUCAAAUGAUCCGUCGACCACAUUAGAGCGAAGACAAAAUAUCUUCAACGUUAUCGUAAUGUGCUCCGUGCCUUCCGUCAGAGACGUUAGCUCAAUAUUGUAGAAUUUUUUUUAAACAUUGACAGAAAAUGUCCAGUUUGUUGCUCACUAUAACUCGGAGGACUCAUAAACUACACAGGGUUUUUUUUAUGAUUGCCAAUUUGAAAACGGAAGGAACGAAUAAUUCAGAUUCCCAACGGACGCACGAAUGAACACGCGCGUUUGAUCGAAAUCUCGUCCUGCUCCUGCUGUGCCCCCCCCACCCCCCACACCUUUUUCAC